AUGGGGGCUAUAGAGGCCCAAUCUGAUAAGAGCCUACAGGUACCUCUGCGUACCAGAUAUCGUAAUAGUCACCAUAGUCACCACACCUACACAACACUGGAUUACAUAUCCAUACAUAAUGGAUAUAAACCAGGAACUAGUUUUAAUUUACAUUCAUUGGAAAAUGAAUGUAAAUUAAAAAAAAUUUUUAACCAGAUUGUUAUCGAUCAAUUAAACGGUGGCGGAUCGAAGCUGAUUGACAUUAGCCAAUUUUGUGAAUCUAAUAGCCUAACCUUCACGCAGCUUUUUAAUCUAUUUAUCAGUUGCCGAGAAACUCAGCAUAAUGCUAUAACACUUGGGGUUCUUUAUGAGCAUGGAAUUGGAACCCCAAAAGAUAGUGAUCUCGCCUUGCAAUGGUACCAGAAAGCCGCAGAUAAUGGGAAAUGCGAAGGUAGUGUUCUUAGUUGGCAAAAAUCAAGCAUUUUAAUUGACUAA